GGCUAGGGGAGGGGCCCCCCGAGUUUGGAGGGAAGGAGAGGACACCCAGAUGCCGAAUGGGGGACUCUGGAACAGGGCACCCCCGUAUCUCAGCCGAGACACCCCAGGAUUUUAAGUGGGGAUUCCCAAUUUGCGGAUGAAUGGAGGAUUCCGGGCCGGACUGCAGUGGGGAGGGGGCCCCCAGAUCACCCUGUGCCCAAUGGAAGGGUAUCUGCGCUGAGAGCGAACGGCCAUGGGGAAGGGGCUCCCUGCCAUCUCCCUGUCCUUUUGGGUCAGGUCCGGUCACCACGUUCUGACUCAGGGAGGAGGUCCUGGGGGUCCCCAUCCCAACGUGGUUCCCCGUUAUUCCCUUAGACCUUGGGUUGAGGUGUUGUCCCUUAUCCCAGGGAACACACUGGGUGUCCCAGGUGAAUGUUGGGUGGGGGUCCUCUGGACCCCCCAGCUAUGGAUCCCCAGGACCUGUGAGGGAUACCAGCUCAGGGGGGGGCUGUCCCCCAGCACCUUCACAGCCUCCCACGUCCUUACAGCAUGACACAGACCCCUACCCCCACCCCCUUUAGUUCCACCUGUCCAUAUGGACACAUGUGGAAACGCUGGCUUGGUUUGGGGGCACAGGGGCUGGCAAGUAAGGGGCUGGGACCCCAGGCCCUGUCUGGGCAGGAGCGACCCCCAUCCCUACGCGUGGGGCUUUGUUCCUCUCAGGCAGCAUCAAUGAGAAACAGCCAGGCCAGGGAGAGGGUUGGCUCUGGGCCCCAGCGGGGGACGUGGGGGCAGGGCAGGCAGGAAGGGGUGGGUGCACUGUGGGACCCCAGAACCCAGCCGUCGCAAUAGCUGAUGGACAUUCUGAAAUCAAAGUUCCCCCUCAAGGAUAUGGGGGUUUUGUGUGUGUGUCCGCCCCAGACAGGCAGGGAGGGGGAGUAUGCCCAGGGGUUCUAGGGUUCCCUGUGAGUCUGAUGUGACUGUGGUUGUGUCUUUGUCAGAAAACUUGUGCCGAGGGCCACAUCACCAUGUGGCAAAAUGAUGGGUGUCCAUCGGUCACUGAGGCCACAUUUAUCCCUCGGUUUGUGCCAGGGGCUGGCAUCGCCGUGUGAGUGAGGAGCUAUGUCUGAUGCUGUUCCGUUCAUCAAGGGGUUUAUGUGGGGGGGGGGGCCCGAGACUGUGGGUGUGUGUCUUUGUGCAGAAGACACGCCGCCUGUCUUGUAAGUGCCCAUAUUGUCUCUCUUUGUUAAUGUCACUGUGAAUCUGUGUGAGUGUGUGUUUCCCCGGGGUCUGUGUCUGGGGUGCGUGGCUGUGUGUGUCCCGCUUGUGUAUCUGGAGGGGCCAAGGGUUCUUUCCAUGCGGUUGGCAGUGUGCACCCUCGGCACGGGGGUGUGGGACGUGGUCUGUGUUCAGAGUUGGGGCGCUAACAGGGAAAGCUUGAGCAGGGGUUGAAAUCCCCAAGGGGAAGCCUGGGAUGAUGACUGAGCCCAUCUCCCUUUCUCCUCCAAGGAGUUCCACAUUCACACCCAUGCACACUAAUACACCCUGACUCUCAGGUCAGAAACACACACAUGUGCGCACAGCCCCCUGCUGAGGGUCACUCAGACUCACACACAUCCACAGAUCACACUAGGUCCCAUGUGCUCCACCCGGUGCACGGAGCUGCUGCAGGCUCACACACACAACAUGCACCCACCACAUGGCACAACCGCCUUCACACCCUUGCCAGGACACAACACCCCGGACACACACCCAGUCACAAACACUCACAAAUGCCCAUUGGCAAACUCACCUUCACUCAAUGCUAACGGAGACUUGAGGUGGGGGUGAAGUGAAGGAGGGGACACACACACACUUACACACACACACUCACACACACACUCUCUCACACACACACACAUUCACAUGGAUCCGAGCUGCCCCUCCUCCAGCACCCCGCAGGCCCCUGCUUGCAUAUGCAUGAGGCUUGUACAUUAUUCAUGAGGGCACGGGCCCCAGACAGCUGUGUAAAUGCUCAUCUCUGGCCGCCCUGGGGAGGAGGUAUUUUAAGAGAAGGGUGUGGGUGUGUGAGGGUGCGAGUGGAAGGGAGUGGGAGGGUGUGUGUGGGGGGUGUGCACCUGAAACUGUGUCUGUCACCAUGUUGGGCAACCUCAGUAUAUUUUUAGCGUAUACAUGAGGCUUUGUGUCUAAAGAGCUGUUUUUAAAUUUAACAUUUCUAGGACUUUGCAAGUCUUAGGUCAUUUCAUCCUCACAGUAGCUGCAGGUGGUACUUGCUGGAUAAUCUCCAUUUUACAGGUGGGGAAACUGAGGCACAGAGAGAUUGAAGCAGCUUGUCCCGGAUUAGAAGCAGGGCUAUCUGGAUGUAGUCUGACCUGUUAAUGGUGUGUGUGUGUGUGUGUGUGUGUGUGUGUGUGUGUGUGUGUGUGAGAGAGAGAAAGAGAGAUAAUUCCCUGGCCUUGUCCUCUCGUAAGGCCCUGCUGGGGGCAGGUGCAACCCGGAGUCCUGUCUCUCUCUAAUACCUGGCCAGGCCUGGAACAGCCAUGAGGGGACCCCACACUUGCUCAGGGUUCCAAGGGGAAGAAAUGAGAACAGCCUGAAGUGAAGGCAGAGGUUGCUGAGGUUUACAAGUUGGUAGUUGGGAGCACCGGUCCAGGGUCUGGCUUUGACCUCUACCCUGCUGUGCAGCCUGAGGCAAACCUCUAGCCCUCUCUGGUCCCUGAGGCAUCGUGUUAGCAGGCAGGAGGCAGGGGUGGACUAGGUGGGCUUUGCCGCUGCUUUGCCGCCUCAGAGUUCAGCACCACGGACAGGUCCCAGGCCGGCCUCCCAGCAGGGGACUCUGGGAGCUGGGAAGGAGAACUGGGGAAAGGGACAGCUGUCACAUACAGCCUCUCCUUCUGGACUCCGUUCGCACCCCUUCCUCAGGGAUAAUUUCUUAUGGGGGCGGGGAGCAAGGAUUGGGUUUGCAGAUGAUGUUCUAAUUUUCCAUCUGCGCCCACCUCCUGAGCCCUGGUGACCGGGGUUCGCAGGAGUGGGAGGUUUUGGGGAGGGACCACCUCCCCAGGAUUCCUAGUCUCUGGAACAAUGUGAAGUCAGGAAAUGCACUGCUGUGUCCCAACGACUGGCAUGGGCUUUGCUCACAGUAGGCGCUUAAUAAUUGUCCACUUUAUCCCUAUGGGUCCUAGCCCCUAUAGGGAAAUGGACCCACAACUGAAGUUUCUCUGUGGGCCUAAGAAGUAUCUUUGUUGAGCUGUGUGAAGUCAGGAGGAGGAUGGGUGGGCAGGGGUGAGCCCCUUCCUCCAGCUGGGAGUUGGCGGCUCCUCCAAAAUCCCAGAAACCAAGAAUAGAAUCUUGGUGACAACCAAAUCCUGGAAUUGAAGCUGCGAAUCGUGUCAGCCAGCAAACCCAGAUUAAAGGAUGGCUUAGAGGCCAGCCUGCUGCCUGGACUGAGGAUGCUGGGAGGACUGGGACAGACUGCUGCCCUCUAGGAGCCGCCAGUCUGAUGGAGGAGGCUGACUUGAAAAAUGGUAUUUCAGUCUUGGCUGUGUUAAGAUCCAGGAUGGGGGCCACGUUUGUCUGGGCCUUGGGCCUUUUGAUGCUGCAGAUGCUGCUCUUUGUGGCUGGGGAACAGGGCACACAGGAUAUCGCCGAUGCCAGCGAAAGGGGGCUCCACAUGCAGAAGCUGGGGUCUGGGUCAGUGCGGGCUGCGCUGGCGGAGCUGGUGGCCCUGCCCUGUCUCUUUACCCUGCAGCCACGGCCAAGCGCAGCCCGAGAUGCCCCUCGGAUAAAGUGGACCAAGGUGCGGACUGCGUCGGGCCAGCGACAGGACUUGCCCAUCCUGGUGGCCAAGGACAACGUCGUGAGGGUGGCCAAAAGCUGGCAGGGACGAGUGUCACUGCCUUCCUACCCCCGGCAUCGAGCCAACGCCACGCUACUUCUGGGGCCGCUGAGGGCCAGCGACUCUGGGCUGUACCGCUGCCAGGUGGUGAGGGGCAUUGAGGAUGAGCAGGACCUGGUGCCCUUGGAGGUGACAGGUGUUGUGUUCCACUACCGGUCAGCCCGGGACCGCUAUGCACUGACCUUCGCUGAGGCCCAGGAGGCCUGCCGUCUCAGCUCAGCCAUCAUUGCAGCCCCUCGGCAUCUACAGGCUGCCUUUGAGGAUGGCUUUGACAACUGUGAUGCUGGCUGGCUCUCUGACCGCACUGUUCGGUAUCCUAUCACCCAGUCCCGUCCUGGUUGCUAUGGCGACCGUAGCAGCCUUCCGGGGGUUCGGAGCUAUGGGAGGCGCAACCCACAGGAACUCUACGAUGUGUAUUGCUUUGCCCGGGAGCUGGGGGGCGAGGUCUUCUACGUGGGCCCGGCCCGCCGCCUGACACUGGCCGGCGCGCGUGCACAGUGCCGCCGCCAGGGUGCCGCGCUGGCCUCGGUGGGACAGCUGCACCUGGCCUGGCAUGAGGGCCUGGACCAGUGCGACCCGGGCUGGCUGGCCGACGGCAGCGUGCGCUACCCGAUCCAGACGCCGCGCCGGCGCUGCGGGGGCCCAGCCCCGGGCGUGCGCACCGUCUACCGCUUCGCUAACCGGACCGGCUUCCCCUCACCCGCCGAGCGCUUCGACGCCUACUGCUUCCGAGCUCAUCACCCCACAUCACAACAUGGAGACCUAGAGACCCCAUCCUCUGGGGAUGAGGGGGAGAUUCUGUCAGCAGAGGGGCCCCCAGUUAGAGAACUGGAGCCCACCCUGGAGGAGGAAGAGGGGGUCACCCCUGACUUCCAGGAGCCUCUGGUGUCCAGUGGGGAAGAAGAGCCCCUGAUUUUGGAGGAGAAGCAGGAGUCUCAACAGACCCUCAGCCCUACCCCUGGGGACCCCAUGCUGGCCUCAUGGCCCACUGGGGAAGUGUGGCUAAGCACGGUGGCCCCCAGCCCUAGCGACAUGGGGGCAGGCACUGCAGCAAGUUCACACACGGAGGUGGCCCCAACUGACCCUACGCCUAGGAGAAGGGGGCGCUUCAAAGGGUUGAAUGGGCGCUACUUCCAGCAGCAGGAACCGGAGCCGGGGCUGCAAGGGGGGAUGGAGGCCAGCGCCCAGCCCCCCACCUCAGAGGCUGCAGGGAACCAAAUGGAGCCUCCGUUGGCCAUGGCAGUCACAGAGAUGUUGGGCAGUGGCCAGAGCCGGAGCCCCUGGGCUGAUCUGACCAAUGAGGUGGAUAUGCCUGGAGCUGGUUCUGCUGGUGGCAAGAGCUCCCCAGAGCCCUGGCUGUGGCCCCCUACCAUGGUCCCAUCCAGCAUCUCAGGCCACAGCAGGGCCCCUGUCCUGGAGCUAGAGAAAGCCGAGGGCCCCAGUGCCAGGCCAGCCACCCCAGACCUGUUUUGGUCCCCCUUGGAGGCCACUGUCUCAGCUCCCAGCCCUGCCCCCUGGGAGGCAUUCCCUGUGGCCACCUCCCCAGAUCUCCCUAUGAUGGCCAUGCUGCGUGGUCCCAAAGAGUGGAUGCUACCACACCCCACCCCCAUCUCCACCGAGGCCAAUAGAGUUGAGGCACAUGGUGAGGCCACGGCGACGGCUCCACCCUCCCCUGCUGCAGAGACCAAGGUGUAUUCCCUGCCUCUCUCUUCGACCCCAACAGGACAGGGUGGAGAGGCCAUGCCCACAACACCUGAGUCCCCCAGGGCAGGCUUCAGAGAAACUGGGGAGACCAGCCCUGCUCAGGUCAACAAAGCUGAGCACUCCAGCUCCAGCCCAUGGCCUUCUGUAAACAGGAAUGUGGCUGUAGGUUUUGUCCCCACUGAGACUGCCACUGCACCAACGGGCCUCAGGGAUAUCUCGGGGUCUGAGUCUGGGGUCUUUGACACAGCAGAAAGCCCCACUUCUGGCUUGCAGGCCACUGUAGAUGAGGUGCAGGACCCCUGGCCCUCAGUGUACAGCAAAGGGCUGGAUGCAAGAUCCCCAUCUGCCCUCCUGGGGAGCCCUGGAGUCUUCUUGGUACCCAAAGUCACCCCAAGUUUGGAGCCUUGGGUUGCUACAGAUGAAGGACCCACUGUGAAUCCCAUGGAUUCCACAGUCACGCCGGCCCCCAGUGAUGCUAGUGGAAUUUGGGAACCUGGAUCCCAGGUGUUUGAAGAAGCCCAAAGCACCACCUUGAGCCCUCAGGUGGCCCUGGAUACAAGCACUGUGACGCCCCUCACGACCCUGGAGCAGGGGGACAAGGUUGGAGUUCCAGCCAUGUCUACACUGGGCUCCUCAAGCUCCCAACCCGACCCAGAGCCAGAGGAUCAGGUGGAGACCCAGGGAACAUCAGGAGCUUCAGUGCCUCCGCAUCAGAGCAGUCCCCUAGGGAAACCGGCUGUUCCUCCUGGGACACCGACUGCAGCCAGUGUGGGCAAGUCUGCCUCAGUUUCCUCAGGGGAGCCUACGGUACCGUGGGACCCCUCCAGCACCCUGCUGCCUGUCACCCUGGGCAUAGAGGACUUCGAACUGGAGGUCCUGGCAGGGAGCCCGGGUGUAGAGAGCUCCUGGGAGGAGGUGGCAAGUGGAGAGGAGCCAGCCCUGCCAGGGACCCCUAUGAAUGCAGGUGCGGAGGAGGUGCACUCAGAUCCCUGUGAGAACAACCCUUGUCUUCAUGGAGGGACAUGUAAUGCCAAUGGCACCAUGUAUGGCUGUAGCUGUGAUCAGGGCUUCGCCGGGGAGAACUGUGAGAUUGACAUUGAUGACUGCCUCUGCAGCCCCUGUGAGAAUGGAGGCACCUGUAUUGAUGAGGUCAAUGGCUUUGUCUGCCUUUGCCUCCCCAGCUAUGGGGGCAGCUUUUGCGAGAAGGACACCGAGGGCUGUGACCGCGGCUGGCACAAGUUCCAGGGCCACUGUUACCGCUAUUUUGCCCACCGGAGGGCAUGGGAAGAUGCCGAGAGGGACUGCCGCCGCCGCUCCGGCCACCUGACCAGCGUCCACUCACCGGAGGAACACAGCUUCAUUAAUAGCUUUGGGCACGAAAACACGUGGAUCGGCCUGAACGACAGGAUCGUGGAGAGAGAUUUCCAGUGGACGGACAACACCGGGCUGCAAUUUGAGAACUGGCGAGAGAACCAGCCGGACAAUUUCUUCGCGGGUGGCGAGGACUGUGUGGUGAUGGUGGCACAUGAAAGCGGGCGCUGGAACGAUGUCCCCUGCAACUACAACCUACCCUAUGUCUGCAAGAAGGGCACAGUGCUCUGUGGUCCCCCUCCGGCAGUGGAGAAUGCCUCACUCAUCGGUGCCCGCAAGGCCAAGUACAAUGUCCAUGCCACUGUAAGGUACCAGUGCAAUGAAGGAUUUGCCCAGCACCAUGUGGCCACCAUUCGAUGCCGGAGCAAUGGCAAGUGGGACAGGCCCCAAAUUGUCUGCACCAAACCCAGACGUUCACAUCGGAUGCGGCGACACCACCACCACCACCAACACCACCACCAGCAUCACCACCACAAAUCCCGCAAGGAGCGCAGAAAACACAAGAAACACCCAACGGAGGACUGGGAGAAGGACGAAGGGAAUUUCUGCUGAAGAACCAGAAAGAAGAAAGCACAACACCUUUCCCAUGCCUCCUCUGGAGCCUUCGCCUGGGGAGACAGAACCCAGAGAGAAACAAGAGAGUCCAGAAGUCCCUGAACCCCAAACCACAUCCCCCACACACAUAAUCCUUUGUACAAAGCUCCUCUUUUCCCUUUUUUUACAUACACAAGAUCCUCUUGGCAGGUGGAGCCAGGUGUCUGAAAAGUUCAUUCUCGUCUGGCUGAACUCUGGGAGUGUGUCCCAGCUGAGGGAAGCACAAGUAGCAAAGCUCAUUGGUCUGUCUCUUGUUUGCCAGGCUGAUUGAAGCAGGCCUUGAUGAGGGUGCAUGAGUGUAUGUUUGCAUUCACAUGAAGGAAUUGCUUUUCACACCAGAAAUUCAGACUUAGUCAAUGUUGGCUGAAUUCCUAAAUCCAGGAAGAAGCCUGGACAUAGGGUCAUUAGCUUUGGGAAUAGAAGGCUACACAGAAGCACACUGUUUUUGAACUUGACAACAGCUCUCCCUUUACCCUGGACUUCAGCCCAAGUUCUGUCUUUGGUCUUGGUGGAUAAACACACAGUGUGGAGAUCCCACAUACUGCAUUUUAGGGAUGUUUUUAGGACAACCUCCCUCCAUGCCUUCAGAGUUAGGAGUGAGAAUGAUCAAAGCAAUAUGUAGGUGAUGGAGGGAGAGUGUAUUGCUAACCCUUCCAGGUCUAGUCCAGCGCUGAGAUUUGGUGGUUCUGCAUGUGUGAUGAAUCUCUUUCACACAAAUAGACGAGAGGAUAUUUAGGGCUAGAUGAGCCCAGAUUUCUUCCCCCUCCAUCUCUCAGGGAGACAAAGAACCUCCUUCCUGGACCAAGGAGGUGCUGCCAAGUUUUCUAGCCCAGUGCCCAUACCCAGUCCUUAAGCAGACAUUGGUAGUGCCCCUGCCCUGGGUCCCACUCCUGCCCCACCCCACCCUUGUCCCUGGCCAUUGCCUGGUGGUCUAGAAACACUUAAAACUUGAAGUAGUGACACCUACCUGCAGUCAUAUUGUAGAGAGAUGCUCAGUGUUAAAACUGAAACACACACACACACAUUUUUCUCUUGUAGAUUUUAAUUUUUUAAGUGGGAAAGAACUCACCUUGCCUUCCUCCCCCAAAUGUGCAACCUGUAAAAGGUCUCUCCACACCAGGGGCCAGGAUCCAGUUCCCUCAUCUCUGGCAGGAAAGAUCCACAGCUUUUCCUCCGUGUAUGUUACUCACUUUCAGCAGUCUGGGUAAAAUCUGUGGAUCAGGGUUAAAAAAACACCGUGGAGAAUGGCCCUCUUCAGGAAAGAAAAAUAAGCAAAUGAAUGGUCCACCUAGGGGUUCAGUAAAGAAAGAAAUGUGUUAACUGAGCCUGAAUCCCUUCUGGGAAGUAAUAAGGACCAUUGACAACUAAGAAGUAGACACCAUGCUAAGGACUUACAUACAAUCUCCUUGAAUCUUCUCAAUAGCCCAUUGAUUUAGAAACUGUUACUUUCCCAUUUUACACACAGUGAAACUGAGGCUCAGAUAUAAAGGAAAGGUACUGGCUUGAAGUCACAACCACGACAGGAGUAAGGAUUUGGAAUAAGGAUUUGGUCCUGUUUUCUGGACCAAAUCCUUACUCUGGCUCUCCUUACACUUUCUCUCCAUCACCAAAUCCUUACUCCAAAUCCAGAAGUCAGAGCCAACUCCUAUCUUGGUUCUGACCCAAAUCCUGCUCUGGACUCUGGAGAGGAGAUUGAAACAUAAUUGCACCCUCAUACACAUUUAGGAAAUGCUUAAGAAGUGUAAACUGAACCUUUAUCCUUGUCUUCAAUCUUCCUCCCUGUAGACAUCUAUCUUAUUAUGGUUAUUAUUCAGAAAACCCAGGGAUACAGGUUUGUCUUCUCACUUUGAUAACUCUUCUUAGUUUAAGAUAAUAAUAAUAACACAUCUUUGGUCAUCUAUGUCACACAAAAAUUUUCCUUUGUUUGCGGGGGGCUGGGGAUGCAGUGUUUUUUGGGGGGUCUUGGUUUAUGCUCCCUGCCCUUGAGCCCCUCAGCUGUUUGCCCUGCCCCCACCUCGGCUCCACGGUGGGAGGGGGCUCUGGUCUUUUCUAAAGUGGGCGGUUUGUCUUUUGAUCUUUCUCUUUUGGAUGUGCGUGUGUGUCUGCGUGUGCCAUGUGCGUGGCACGCAUAUGAGUGUGUGUGCGUGUGAACGGCUUUGGGUCCUGCUGGUUUUGCUGUGAGCUGCAGUGUUCUGUGGGUCUGUGGUAUCUGACACUGUGGACAUUAAUGUACUUCUUGGACAUUUUAAUAAAUUUUUUAACAGUUCAA